GUUAGUUAAUUAUUGUAUUAUUAACUACGGAGGGCGCCCUUUUCAUAUUUUGUGUGUGUACGUGCAAAACUCAAGAUCCUGGAGUUGGCCUCGUAUUCAACUGAGAUUUCAUCAGAAGUUUUAAAGGUUGAAGCCCUCAUAAUCUUGAACCAUGGGAACGUGGCCAGGACAUGCUUUGCCAGGUGCUUUCUUUAUUCUGUACGCCAUCUGGUGGAUGGUCCAGUUCACCUAUGAGAAGGUUGCUCUUGACAACGGGCGGUUGCAGCCCUCUGGUCGCAUCCUUCGUCGAUUGCAUCGCUGGCCUAUCGAGGGGGCGACCAUUCUGGCAGCGGGGAUCAUUGGGUUUAUAGCUGAGAUGAUGUACCCUAUCCCCAAGUGGACUCUGAUCGGCGCUGAUGGUCAGUUCAAGCAUCCAGCUGAGUGGCAGCACUGCACCAUGUACACAUUCUUCUCGGUGUACGGCUUGGUGGUGACGCUGUCCAAAACCUGCCUGCCCCAGGCCGAGCGCUACACCAAGAUCUUUGGUAGUCUGGCAUUCUUCAUUGAAGGUAUGCUGUUCUACUUCCACACCCAUGGCCGAGCGGAUCUGGAUAUCCACCUGCAUUUCCUGCUGGUCAUCGCCAUAGCCUUCUGCGUCAUCUUAACCCUGGCUGAGGUCUGGUGCCCGAAGGACGACCGCAUCCGAGUCAUGCGCUACACGGCCACACUCCUGCAAGGCACCUGGUUCUUCAUGGUGGGCACCGUGCUAUAUUGGCCACCCUCCGGUAAGGAGUGGGACGAGGAGGACCACCUCAACGUGAUGUUCAUCACCGUGGCAUUCGCCUGGCACCUCCUCUUUGACAUCAUCAUUAUGGUGGUUGUCUAUGGGGUCAUCAGGAGCCUCCUACAUCUGAUGGGGUGUGCUGGUGUGCGGUAUCGGCCCAUGAACAACGGUGCAGAGGAAAUUGAGUUUGAAAGCACAAAGCUUAUGGACAAUGGCAAACCAGGUCAUGUUGGAUCAGACGUUGAGAGUGACUAGACGUCUGUCAGUCAUGAAGCCAAAAAAGUUCCUACAUUGUAAAUUAGUACCAAUUCAAUUAUAAAGAAUGUAACAAUUAAAAGUCUGUAUUCGAAGCUUGACCAAAGAAAUUGUAAGAUCUUACAAACCAAGGCUGUGCUGAAUAUUUGUAGUAUUCGAUCAUCCACUGAACAUUUUUCCGAUUCAAAUACUCAAUCAGUGUGAUGUCAUUUAAAUGGGAUAAAAUAUCAUUUAAAAAAAUUGUUUAGUAUCAACAGCUAGUCAGCUACAACAACAAAAAUAUCUUGAGAUACACACAUGAAUGUCCUUAAUGGUUUAAUAUAAAGCUUGUUGUGCAUGCAAAUCCUGAUCAGUCAAUCAUUUAAUUCCCGAUGAAUGCACGCAAAUUUUAACCAGGGUGUGUGCAUGCACCUCCUGAAUGGCACAGACUGGCACAUGCUGACACAUACAUAUGCAGUUUAGGCUGAUGCAUGUGAAACGUGCUAAGCAUAUUUGAAUGUUUGAUGGAAUCCAAGUCUGAAAAUCUAAUACUAAAUAUUACGAAAUGCACAGCCCUACAGUUAAUGAUUAAAGUUAAAAAAAUUGUUGUGGCAUACCGAGGUACCUUAUAUAUAUUUGUCCAAUAUAAGUUACAAACUACAAAGAAUUGAUUUGAGUCCAAGAAUUUGUCACAUAAUAUAUGUGCUACUGUAAAUUAUUUUUCAAGCAAUUUAUUUUCUUGUUAUAACCUGAAACUGCUACAUUUUUUCCUAACAACCUCUCGGAGUUUGCUAAAAUCAAACACUGCGGAUCAUACUUUUUACGUCAUCAAAAUUAUCACAUAAAGCCCCAUGGAAAGUGACGGUGCUGACAUUGUACAGUACUGAAUCCUUUAAAAUCAAACUAGUUUGAUUUUGGCAUUUGGGAGGAUUAGGAAUGAGGCAAAGCAUAGGCCUGUAUGUGCAUGUGUAGCAAUUACAAAGUGUUCAUUAAUCACAUGGUAAUUUUGAGAAGGUUUGUGUUCUUUAAUCUUUUUAUUGAUUCAGGCUAUUCUAAAAAGGGCAAAGUUCAAACUUGUGGUGGAGCACUUUGUACCAAAGUACAAGUACAUCUAAACAUGACUUUGGCACAGUGGAAUUGUCAAUUUCAGUUAAAGUUUGGCUCUCUUUAAGCUCAGUCCCUGUUGUAUAUUUGCAUUUCAACAACUGAGUGCUUUGUCUGUUUUUAACAAGUAAACCACGAUGAGUCAGAAACAGAUGGUCAAAAGUGUACGGCGUGUGAUACCACAGACUACUUGUACUAUGCCAUUGUAUGCAAUGUGAACCCUAAACCUUGUUUAAUUAAUAGAUUUUGUACCUGCACUCCAACAGAUUGCAGCAGUCGAACCAACAUAAUCCAACAAGUUGCAUAAGCCUUGUUGAACAGAUGAUCAAAGUCCGACAAAUUACAAAUUACAUGCACAGUUCUUGGACCUUGUUUGUCUAUAAGGCAUGCAUGUAGGGUUAAUAUGGAUAAGUCAUGUAAAUAGCUGCACACAGAAUACAUGCGCAGUUGACAAUGAACACACUACACAUGUAGGUUGUAAGCUUUGUUUCUCAACUUUUCAUUGUGUAUCCAAUGGUGUCAAAAUAAAACCACACACACAACAAAAUGCAUACAGAUACAGAGUCUAAAUUGUCCCUGUACAAAACUUACCUAUGGACAAUAAGAUAUUUAUUUUCUGCCUAUUAAAUUGAUGGAAUAUUGGCCAUUGAUGGACGUUGUUCUCUGUUGCUUCACUUUUCACAUAAAUCUAUUGACCUCUGUGUCCUGUUGAUACUAUUAAUUAACAUAUUCUGUGUGCACAUGGUUGUGGGAUUUUUUUAAUAGGUGUCAAAUUUUUUUUGAAUGGUAAUUGGGUAAAAGUUUUUUGUCAUAAACUGUCAUUUGCUUAGUUAUAAUAGAGCAAGUGUGCUCUCUCAUCUAUAGCAAAGAAUCUACAUUUAGUUGGCAUGUGUGUAAAAUUGGUCACAUAAAUUGUAUAGCACCACUUAAAAAAACAGUAGAACUAGAAAAAAAAACACCUAGAUUUGCCAUUGUGUGUGUUAUACGUAUACAUGUACAUAUCAGCUGAUCUACAUUCCGUCAUAUAAUAUGUGUUAAAAAAAUGUUCUUUUUUGCAAUCUAAUUACAAGACAAUGAAAUUAUUUAUUGAGAUGCAUAUUUUUUUUGGAUUGAUUAUGAUUGUUUUAUCCAGGAAGUUAUCAAUUUGAGUAGUGUGGAUUAUGAGGCAUUUAUUCAAAAUAAUCCAAAGAAUUUAUUAAUGAACACGGAUAGCUGAGAAGUCACUCGAAAGGCUGCAGACUGCAUGAUGUGUUCUGAAGUGAAAUGAAACAUACUGGAAACAAUCAUUUUUAAUUUUCUUAAUUCAUUGACAACUGCUUGGGCC